CGAACGUAUUUUGUCGGCUAGUGAUGACAGCGUGAGUCUAACGCUCAUUACAAGGAAAAAAAAAAUUAAUUGCAGGAUCGCACGAUUCUCAAAGCCAGGUAUUAUUCACGAGUUCAUCCCUAAACACUUGGGUAGAUCCAGAAAGCAGACAGACGAAGAAGAUCCCAAAACAAAAACUGUAUUAGACGAGAAGCAACAGGAAAAAACACAGGGGAAUCCGAACAGAAAUGCCUAAGAAUGCAGACACACAAUCAGUGCGAAGAGAGAUGAGAGAUAAGCGGAGGAGGAGGAGGAGAAACCCGUCGCCAUGUGCAGCCCGAGAAAACAAAUGCGAGCGACUCCUUAAUUCUGCCGACGAGCCAAUUGAAAUGACGAAACGUGUGCACAUGACACCCACACAAAACGAUGAGGCAGUCAGUGCAGCGUGGAAAAAAGCUCAGAGCUUAAGGCAACAGGUGCUAAAUGGCCGACUUCCGUUUGUUAUCAGGCCAAGAGAGCGACAGAGAGUUGGCCCACAGAGCUUUCCGGCUAAUCCGCAUAGAACACCGGACGAAAAUAAAAAAUAAGUCAGUGGAACAGAAACGACGCCUAGAGACACCUAUAUAUAAAUUAAUUGGCGCACAGAAUAUUUGUGGCAGUUUCGUUUAAGCUUGAACCGUGCUUAACGGGUUUUUGGUGCUCAGAACUCUAGUUGUGUACACAGAAAAUGUUUAAAAUCGUAUUUGUAAUCGCGAUACUGUCGCUGGUGAAAUGUGGCCAAUCCCAAAUUGCUUUUACCAAUCAGCCCUGCUCGGUUCGAAAUCCUAAAAUCGUGGGUGGCAGCGAGGCGGAACGCAACGAAAUGCCCUUUAUGGUCAGUCUAAUGCGACGUGGUGGUCACUUUUGUGGCGGCACAAUCAUCUCAGAACGGUGGAUCCUUACGGCAGGACAUUGCAUCUGCAAUGGGUUGCAGCAGUUCAUGAAACCAGCUCAAAUCCAAGGAGUUGUGGGUCUGCACAGCAUCAAAGAAUAUCUCAACGGAAUUGGAAAUGGUCCGGAUGCUCUAAGAGUGGACUUCAAGAACAUAGUGCCCCAUCCGCAGUACGAGUGUAAUGAUGUCAAGCAUGAUAUAGCACUGCUGGAACUGGUGCAGCCGAUCCGAUUCUCCGCCCACAUCCAGCCCAGCUGCGUGGGUUCCGACGAGGGACACCGAACUUUGGAGCAGGAGUACGGCACGGUUUCCGGUUGGGGCUGGACACACGAGAACCAAGCGGAGAACGAUCGAUCCGACGUUCUGCGCAAGGCCACCGUCAAGAUCUGGAACAACGAUGCCUGCCAGAGGUCCUACAGAUCCUUGGGGAAAAGCAAUACCAUCGGGGAGACACAAUUGUGCGCGGGCUUUGAGAACGGUCAAAUUGAUUCGUGUUGGGCGGAUUCCGGCGGCCCACUGAUGUCCAAGGAGCAUCAUUUGGUGGGCGUGGUGUCCACUGGAAUUGGUUGUGCUCGUCCCGGUUUGCCCGGAAUCUAUACGCGUGUCAGUAAAUACGUGCCCUGGAUGCAAAAUGUGAUAGCGGGUAGGAAAUAGAUGGAUUGGUAUCUGCAUCAGAUUGAUUGUGAUUCACCUGUGAUAUUAGCGGUAUAUUUUUAUGUGAUUUUACCAAUAAAAGUUUAUUUUAACCAAACAAAGCCUAUU